CCUGGGCCCAGCACUUCCGCCAUGCUCUUUCCCAGGCUAGACCAGGCCCUGAGCGUGUGUGGCGAAGUCACCAGGGAGCACCUGUUCUUGGAGGCCCUGUACUGGGCUGUGGCACAGUGGCCAGGCGCCGAGCUGCUGGACCACUGUUGUGUGGGAUGCAGUGUCUUGGACUCCUCCAAGGGAUCCGCUCCGCACUAUGAGGUGUUCCUGGACCUGAGGGGGCUGAGGAACCUGUCGGAGGAAAACCGAGGCAAAAGCACUAUAAACCCCAGCCCUGGCGGCAGCCACAGUCACAGCCGGGAGGACCCUGGGCACCCAGACCCCUGAUCUGCAGACACUCCAGAGAGCCCUAGGCACCAUGAGCCUGCCCCCCACAAAGGUCUCCUGGGCCACCGUGACACUGCUGUUGCUGCUGCUCCUGCCGCCCGCUCUGCUGUCCCCCUGGGCGGCCGCGCAGCCCCUGCCCGACUGCUGCCGCCAGAAGACCUGCUCGUGUCGGCUGUACGAGCUGCUGCACGGCGCGGGCAACCACGCGGCCGGGAUCCUCACGCUGGGCAAGCGGCGGCCGAGGCCCGCGGGGCUGCAGGGCCGGCUGCAGCGCCUCCUGUUGGCGGGCGGCAACCACGCGGCUGGCAUCCUCACCAUGGGCCGCCGCGCAGGUGCGCAGCCGGGGCCGCGGCGAGGGCUCUGAGCCCCCUCGAGGUCCGCUGCGCGCCUCCACCCCUCCCACCCUGCUUCCCAGUGUCGGUCCUUAACAGAAAGCAAUAAAGAUGAGGUCUGUGCGUGA